AAGGACUUCUUGUACAACAGUGCGUUGUUGACGCAACUCCUGGCUCCCGAUGGGGCGAGCCGUGAAUGUGGUCGCCGCAACGGAAGAUGAGCUCGCAGAUCUGCAGCGGAAGUUUCAUCUCCUUGAAGGCGACAGGAAGGCAUUCUAUGAGGCUUCACAGUGGACCAUCAAGCAGAACAAAGAGACCCUUGAACUUGUCAAGGAGGAGAACCGACAUUUCAAAGAGGCGUUGGCGCUCUUGCAGAAGGAAAGAGGAAAUGCAUCGGAGAAGUCUUCACUCAGUACAGUUGAGAGACUCACGCAGGAAGUAAAUGAGCUGAAGAAGAGGUACAACGAGCUGCGACACAUCUCCAAGGUCAAACAACAAGAGUUAACGAAGCGCAACGAUGAGCUCCGUGAUCUGGAGAAGGACAGCGAGCGUGCAAGCCAGGACAAUCCUCUGGCAAAGCAGAUCAAGAUCCUUGAAAGCAAGCUUGAAAAGGCCAACAUGAAGUGCAACGAGGCCGCCGCCUUCCGCAAGACAUACGACCACAUCAUCAACAGGCUCAAGGACGAGAAGCGACACUUUGACGUUCAGCUGCAGGAAUCGAUGAGCAUCCUGAAAGCAAAGGAAGCAGACUUGGCUGAGCUGAUUCAGAUGUCGACAGAUGCUCACAGAGCAAAGGAAGUCGCAAAGUCUGAGCUGGCAAGGUUGGAGCAGACGAUUGCAGAGGAGAGGAAGAUUAGACAGAAGGAGCUGGCGGAGAGGAGGAAGCUGGUUCAGGCAAAGAUCGAGGUGAACCAACGGAUGGAACAACGAGAGCGCAAGCGACGUGAGCUGCAGCUGGAAGCUGCAGGAGAGCUGAACGUUGACGGGGAGCAGAACUUGAUCAAGAACUACAUUGCGCAAGGGUUUUACUCCGCCAGUGCGGAACAUGAACUGCAGAUGCAGAAGGACAAGGUGACAACGUACGAGGAAGCGUUUCGUCGGAUCAAGGAGGCAACGGGGAUCGAAGACAUCAACGAAGUGAUCGAGAAAUACCUCACACAAGACGAGACAGCGAUGAAUCUAACGGAGCUGACGAAGGAGGCCCAUGCCCGCAUUCAAGCUCUGAACGAAGAGAAGCGACAGGCAAAGGAGAAAGUGGAGGAGAUGCGCUACUCUGGGCCAGGAUCGUAUGGAUCCAGUAGGAUCAAGGAUGAGUAUCAGUCGAAGUUGCUGGAAGUGAGCAAGAAGUGUGAGAAGAACAGGAAGCGAUACGAGAAGUUGGCGAAGCUUCUCGUCAAUGCCAAGGCUGGAAUCGAGCACCUCUAUGAGAGGCUCGAGGUUGUAAAAUUGGGAAUCGACGAAGGGAAGAAGCCGGAGAUGAAUGAUGAGGAGAUCAUGGAUGUUGUGAAAAUCUGUGAGCGGAAGCUCGGCAUGCUCGUCGAUGUGGAGGCAGAAGUAGAAGCAGGAGGGAUCGAGAUAUCAACAGAUGGCGAGGACGCGAAGAAACAAACAGGAUUGGAGGCGGCUGCCAACAACAUCAGGAUUGUGCUGUCCGACAACGAGGACGAGUCAGAUGAUGACAUGGAAGACGAUGGCGAUGACGAUGAGCUUCCUAUCGACAGAGAGAAACUCAAAGAUCAUGCUCAGGCCACCGUUGAGAAAGCGAAUCGAAAGGGAAGGAGCAAGGGGAAGAAACGCGAGCAGAACAUCAGUAGGCUGGGAUCAACGACCAAGUCGAUCGCGCCCCAUCCUCCGUCGUCGGCUAAACCUGCAUCCGCGGGACCAAGAUCGAGCAUGAAGCGAUCAUGAAGAGACUUUCAGUGUCGACAUAACCUCUCAAGGAAGACGAUUAAGACUGUUGGAUUAGACUAAUACUUGUAUGUUGCUGGUUACAUUUACAUCCGAGAACUCGAUGCUAUCGAGCUCCGUUCUAGUGACG